AGCCCGCCACAUCGAGACGCAGCCCCACGAGCGUCGCAGCGCCCAGCAGCCCCCACCAGAGAGCAACAAGUGCCGUCGCGCGUCCAUGGUCCUCCUCCUGCGACGGCGGGAUGAUCACUUGAGCCUGAGCGCGUAGGGUGCGUGUGUAUGCGGCAUGAGGGCCGUGCUAGCGGCCGCCGCAGCCGCUGCACUGUGCGUGGUGUGCGUGGUGGCCACGCCGCAGCCCCGCAGAGACUCGCCGUUCCGCGGCUGGCAGAAGCGCCUAGAUCAGAUGCCGCCGGCGGCUCCCAACUCAGAUUAUGCCUCAGAUUUCCAGCAACACUUGCCGCAAAUCUCGGCCGCUAAUUCGCAGCUCAUGCUGCGAUCGCCGCGCGGCCAGCGCCAGUACGAUGUCCCCCAAAUAGAAUGUCCCCCAGCGGCCGAUGGUAUGGAAAGGUUCGCUUGUCCCACGCCAGACAGACAAGGCCGCUAUCACUGCAUAGAUGACCACGUGCUCUGCGACGGUUUCAUUGAUUGUCCGUCAGCGGAGGACGAAGACAGACAAGCAUGCAUGUUUUACAAAACGACGAAAGCACAUCUAGACGUACUUGCGGACGCACUACUGCGAUGGGCGCGGGGGCGCUAAACACCACCACCCCCCUCAGGCUCGCCGGGGGCGUCCCCGCCGCCCCUCACGGCGCAGCGCUGACGCCAUCUCCGGGCCCCAAAUCCGCCCAAUAUCGUCGUCUAGUAUACUUUCAGAGAGCAACAAGACUUCGCUAGCCUCAGUUGCUAGUCGUGUAGUUAAUUUUUAUUUUUUUCGUUUUUAAUUCGGCGACCCCCCAUCAUACUAUACCCACAACCCCUUCAAAAUCAUAACCUCACUCUAUUAGGGCUCGUAUGCACCGUUGUUGAAAAAAUGUAUUAUUGGACACCAUUGAAUAAAACGAUCAAGGGAGGAGUAUAUGAAGGAUAAAGGUUGAUACUCACUAUAACUUCCAUAUCAGCUUCCUUCCGUUUCCCUUCCUUUUACAUAAAAUAUUAUGUUACGUAAAUGAAUAGGACAAUGCACACUAUCCGUUCCGUUUUCCUUCCGUUCAAUAUUCUUUC